AUGCUUUUGAAGUCCAAAUUGAAAAAAAAAAUAGUGAAACUAUUUAUCAAGUACUCAUACAUCUAUGAAUACGAUGCUAAAGUAGGCAGACGGAUUGUAUUAGAAUCAAUGAAUGAAACAGCAGAAGAUUUAAAGGUUAAAGGGAAUACCUUCUUUAAGAAUGGAGAUUAUGAAACUGCUAUCUUAUACUAUGAAAAAGCAUGUGCUUUAGAUUCAUCAAACCCUAUCUAUUUCUCUAACAUGGCAACAGCACUGAUUAAGUUGGAAAGAUGGCAAGAAGCAGUAAAUGCGUGUGAUAAAGGAUUAAAUAAGGUAAGUUUUAAGACAGGUAUGGAUAGUAAAACGAAACAAAAGUUGGAAUGGAGGCGGAUUACUGCAUUAAAACAUCUAGUGCCACCUUCACGGGAACAAGAGACAACCGGAAAGACGAGGGGUUUAAAUACAGGAAAUGAUUCAAAUCGAAUAAAGGUUCACAUUUGUGACGUGGACAGCCUUCCUAUAGAAUUCAGAGAUCUUUAA